CAUCAUCAAGGUUCAGUAUAUCAUGCUUUCUCGAGUGACUUGGGUUCCCGACGAGUUCGAUGGUGCUGUUGGCUGGUUGCUUCAGCCAGAGGACUCAGCAAGUGGACUGCCUGAGACCGCCUGAGACGCGCUUCAAGUGUCCAUACUCCCGUAUCUGGCUUCGCGGAUUCUCCAAUUUGACUCAAGCACGGCGCCAGACUGAGGUUCCUUCGUCAGAUCCUCGCAUGGAUGGCCGAUCUACUUGCCUGGUGGCACUUCAAUGGACUAUAGCCUUGGAGAGUCAUCAGAUCGACUCGGUCCCUAAGUUUUCUUUCAGUACUGGCUUUGUACUGAGGACGCGUCCUGGGUCUGCCACAUCGCACAAGGAGGAACGAAUGGCGAGGUAAUCACGUGCAGCGGACCUUAUCGCACACCUCAUGACAGUCUCCAUCGGCCAACUACCCAUCUAAGGUAGGUAGAAAUCCACGGACCGCUCCACCGCUCUGAUAUCCAAACCUUGGUACAACCUUGUCUGUUCACGUGCACAAGGCGAAGACACCCCUCGAGUCAGGCUGAAUAGCACACAUCUCGCUCCGAUCAGGCCGCUCAGAAUCUCCCGUCUCUAGCGAGCACGCUAUUGACACUCGAGUGGCUCUCUCCGGACGGCGCCAUGCCGUCUCCUAAUGCCCUCUCAUACGGGGAUGACUCGACCAGACUUGUCUCUUUAUACGUCUUGGAUGGAGCCAAGCAAUGCCGGACGAGGUGCGAUGGGCUCUCUGAUCUUGUCCUCGACAACUGGGACGGUGCUUCGGCGUAACCAGAAUGGGGCUGGAACUCUACUCUGGAGUGACAGGUGGCCGCCUCUCCACUCUCUCCACACCCCCUUCAUCGUCUAUGGCUCCGCGGUUUGGACGGACCAAAGACUUCAGGCACCCUGCUAGCUUCGGUCGUGAACUUCUUCUCUGACUACCUUGUCUUCACCACCACCUUAGACGUCUUUCCACCAGACCUUCGGACUCCGCGACCAUGAGAGGCGGCAUCAGACGGACACGUACGGGGUGUGCGAGGUGCAAAGAGAGGAAACUCAAAUGUGACGAGACCCGUCCAGGCUGCAUGCGGUGCGAAAAGAGGAACUUCGUCUGCCCGGGCUAUGGGGCAAACAGCGUCAACAGUGAGAUUCUCACUUACGACGAUUUCAACCUGGUGGGCAGAGGGUUAACCGAGGCUUCGACGAGCUUUUCUGACGCCACGGGCUCGGGGCCGUGGUCGAACGCAGGCUUUGGAAAGAUGUCCCCACGGUCGCCCUCGCCCUCUCUCGAGGACUACAACGCCAGCGACAUGAUAACCAGCGCGGAUCGUGCUCUGUUUGCUUUCAUGACCCUGUCGCCACUUCAACAAGACUCGUCGAAUUCAUGGCCGGCCACGAGCUAUCCGCACCUCCUGAGUGAGCCCCUCCCUACGACCUGCAGCGACUCCAUCGCCCAUUACAGUCCCGAGCUCGCCACCAGCAACCCCGAGCAGAGCUUAGUGACAUACCAACCGGGAAGCCGGGUUGACACAACCCUCGAAGGCGUGUCUAACACGUCGCGAAAGGAGAACGACGGCCAGCAGCGAAACGUCCAUAACACGCCCCAAGUCUGCACCAGAAUCACCAACAACUAUAGCUCCAUGCUGGCCGAAUUCUACUUCAAGGAGGUCGCUGGGCUCUUUUCAUGCUACGACAGCCAGUUGAACCCCUUUCGGACCACGGUGUCGAAACUCUGGCAGUCGUCCACUCCGGUCUUCUACGUGGUCCAGAGUAUGGCAGCGGCCUGCCUGUCGGACGUGUUCCCUAAGCUGCACGCCACCGGCGCCCUAAUGCGUGAUCGGGCGGCGGCCUGUGUCGAAGCUGACAUCCGAGACUCCAAGAUCGAUACGGGCACCUUGCUGACCCUGAUCAUGCUAGGCUUGUCCGCCAGCUGGCAUCGGGCCGGGGACCUGGGCCAGGAGGAGUUCAAACACGCCCACACCAUCCUGACAGAGAUCAAGUCGGGCAAGAACGCCUCGAUUCUCGAGCACGGCAACACGCGUAACCUACAGUUCUUCCAGGAGGCCAUGAUCUAUUGGGAAAUGCUGCUCUCGUACGUGAGCGACGUGUCGACUUCGGCACCGCCGUCGACGGACCCGGUGCAUGGCCCCGCGCCGCCCAGCCGCACGGAGGGCAGCGACCCCCCGGAGCCUAACUUCCCUCAUCCCUGGACGGGGGUCGGGCGAGAAGUACAGACCCUGGUGUUCGAGGUCGGGCGUCUGGUGAGGCGGGAACGCCAUCGCAUCCGCAACCGGCCGUAUUUUACGUCGCUGGCUGAUAUUAAUAAUGGCCGCAAGGCCGUGGAGACCGCCCAGGCGUUGGCGGACCGUCUAUGGAAUCUCACACUACCGACCGAGGAAACCGUCAUCUCUCCAGGGGACGCGCAGACGCCGGUGCAGCACCUACUAACCAUCGCUGAGGCAUACCGGCUGGCAGGCCUCCUACAGCUAUACCGGGUGUUCCCCGACCUCCUGGCUGGGCAUAAAGAGGACCUAGAGCAAGACGAGGGCGAGCCUGGGUCGGCGUGGAACAUGUCGGAGGAGUUUAUCCAUAAGAACUUUACUAGCAUCGCCCUGGAGAUCGUGGACCUGCUAAGGACAAUCCCUACUGAAUCCCGCACCCGCUGCGUCCAACCGUUUCUGCUGGUGGCCGCGGCGGGAGAACUCCGCGCCGUAUCGUGUUCACCGGUCGCGACCCCAACCAGCAGCAGCGGUGGACACGGGGACAAGCCUGACGAGAUGAUAUCGGCCAUCCGGGUGUUUGAGGCGCGCAAGUUUAUCACGCGCCGGCUGUCCACCUUUGAGCAUGUACUGCCAGCCAAGCCCAUCCGACAAAUGAUGGAGAUCGUCAACCAUACGUGGAGCCAGCUCGAUGUAGGAUUGGCCAAUGUCUACUGGAUGGAUGUCAUGAUUGAGAAGGGUUGGGAGACCACUAUGGGUUGACUAUUGUUACUGUAGAAUGGCUAGAGCCCGACUCGCUCAUCCGGGGGGUCGAGGACUCGGAAGUAGCAGCAUUACCUAUAAUCCGAUACGCCCCUCCACAUGGGUGCCCACUGCUCGCUCCUGCUCCAUGCUCAACCAGCGGGC